UCUAUACAAACACACAAUAACACAUAUUGAGAGACAGGUAGAGAAGAAAACCCCAACACUACUAAUCUUCUUUAUCUCUUAGUUUCUUGAUAUAAAGAAGACACAAAGUCAAAGAUCAAAUUAAGAAAAAUGGGAGUUGGAGGGACAUUAGAAUACAUAUCAGAGCUAAUAGGAAACGGAGGAAGCCAUAGCUAUGGCAAGAGAAAGAAGAAGAAGCAGUUUCAGACAGUCGAGCUCAAAGUUAGAAUGGAUUGUGAUGGUUGUGUCCUCAAAGUCAAAAACUCUCUUUCUUCUCUUAAAGGAGUAAAAACAGUGGAGAUUAACAAGAAGCAACAGAAGGUGACAGUGAGUGGCUAUGCAGAUGCGAGCAAGGUACUAAAGAAGGCUAAAGCGACGGGGAAGAAAGCCGAGAUAUGGCCGUACGUGCCGUACAACUUGGUGGCUCAGCCGUACAUAGCUCAGGCUUACGACAAGAAAGCACCUCCUGGUUACGUUAGAAAGGUGGACCCAAACGUUAACACCGGGACGAUGGCCGUUUACUACGAUGACCCUUCUUAUACCUCUUUGUUUAGUGAUGAUAAUCCUAAUGCUUGCUCUAUUAUGUAAUUUGUUUGAUUAGAUAAGAGUAAUAAAGGGAUAUAUUAUAUCCUAUAUAUAUGAGGAUAAUGCAUAUGUAUAAAUAUGGGGGUUCUUCUAAAUUUUGGUGUUUGUUGUCUUUUAGUACAUGAUUUUGUCUUCUUUUGCAUGUGCUUA